AUGUCUGACCUAGACAGACAAAUUGAGCAGCUGAAACGAUGCGAACCUCUGAAGGAAUCUGAAGUGAAAGCUCUCUGCCUCAAAGCCAUUGAAAUCCUCGUCGAAGAAAGCAAUGUUCAAAGGGUCGACGCUCCUGUCACCAUAUGUGGGGAUAUUCAUGGACAGUUUUAUGAUAUGAAAGAGCUUUUUAAAGUGGGAGGUGAUUGCCCUAAGACUAACUAUUUGUUCCUUGGGGAUUUUGUUGAUAGAGGAUUUUAUUCGGUCGAAACGUUUCUGCUUUUGCUCGCUCUCAAGGUGAGGUAUCCAGAUCGGAUAACACUCAUUAGGGGAAACCAUGAAAGUCGUCAGAUCACACAGGUAUACGGUUUCUAUGACGAAUGCCUUCGGAAAUAUGGUUCAGUAAAUGUUUGGAGAUAUUGCACUGACAUAUUCGAUUACUUAAGCUUGUCUGCUCUAAUUGAAAACAAGAUUUUCAGUGUUCAUGGUGGCCUCUCUCCUGCCAUUACAACUUUGGAUCAGAUACGAACUAUUGAUAGAAAGCAAGAGGUACCUCAUGAUGGUGCCAUGUGUGACCUCCUAUGGUCAGAUCCUGAAGAUAUUGUAGAUGGAUGGGGUCUGAGUCCCCGUGGUGCUGGUUUCUUGUUUGGCGGUAGCGUUGUCUCUUCUUUUAACCACACCAAUAACAUUGACUAUAUUUGCCGAGCUCAUCAGUUGGUAAUGGAAGGUUAUAAAUGGAUGUUCAAUAACCAGAUAGUUACUGUCUGGUCAGCUCCAAAUUAUUGCUACAGAUGUGGUAAUGUAGCUGCAAUUUUGGAAUUAGACGGUAAUCUUAAUAAGCAGUUUCGUGUGUUUGAGGCUGCCCCUCAGGACUCAAGAGGUGCACCUGCCAAGAAACCAGCACCAGAUUACUUCCUAUAA